UGUUUGAAGUUAUUAUUUUAAAAAGAUUUUAUGAAUUUCUGAACUGUAUUCUAGAUCAGGAACAAGUGUGACUGGUUUCUGUUAACGAAGAAAAAACGACUGAAGAUUUAUAUUAAGAAAACUUAAUAGGAAAGUACUUACAUAUAUACAGCUAAAUAUUCGAAGAGGAACAAGUUAAUCAUAUUUUAGGUUCAAUUUUGUAUCAGGCAUAUAUUAAAUCGCACGAGAUUUAGAAAUAUAAUUACUCUUUCGUUAUUACUAUUAAUUAUAACACAGAAAAUCGUUCUUCGAUACACGUGCAAUUGUGGAAAAAUUAUGGCCACAUGGGAUGGUUCUGAUUCUAAACCAGAGGAUCAAAAUUAUUAUACAUAUUUUAAUGAAAAUAUUACUGGUCCUGCAGCAGGAACCUGGACAUUCUUUCCUAAUAAUGUAAAUAAUGAGUAUUUACCAGCUAAUCGCGAAUAUUAUGUACAAAAUGAACCUUUAUUUGAGCAAAAUGACCCAAAUACUUCCUAUCGUACGAACACAGAUGGUUGGUCAAUGUCAUCUGUAGCCAGUAUUUAUCAGAAACAUGUAAUGAGUAUAGUAGAUAAUGCUGAAAUGUCAGGCAAUCAAAAAUGCUUUACAAGUACUAUUAAACCUCAACAAAGUUUUGCAUCUAAUAACCAUUGGAAGGAUGAUUACAAUUUAGAAACAAUUGAAACUAAACAUAAUUUGGUAGAAAGAAUAAAGAAAACAGGUAAUUCGAAUCUUCAUGUUACGGCUGAAGAGUUUGUGCCAAAUAAUACAGAACUGGAUGAUAAAAGAUUUAGAUUACAAAAUAAAAGGUCUAUCCAUACUACGGAUGCUUCUGUUAAAAAUAGUAGCGAAACAUUAGACAAACAUACAUUUUAUAAUACUAGUAGACACGAAAGAAAAUACAAUACUAGGAGAAACUCAAAUUAUAAACCUAAAGAAGGACAACAGGAUAAUCAAUUUCAUAAACGAAAUACAUAUAAAAAUUCGUAUCAACAAGGAAAAGUCUCCCAUAAAUUUCAAGGUAAUAAAUGUUUUACUAACAAAUACUAUUCAGAUAAAUCACAGGCAGAUGUAAAAGGUAUAGAUGAGAAUAUAUUAGAUAAGGAUACAAUGAAUAAUACCGAUGCCUCUAGUAGUAAAGAAUUUUAUGCAACAAGUUUAAAUAAAAGUGAAUUAUUAUCGAGUAUGGAAAUAAAUUUGAAUAACAAUAAAAGAGCAUUAAACAAGAGGAGUGGUGAAAGUAGUACCGUUAGAGAUGAAGGUUUACAAGAAAAUGAUACAAAGCAGUGUAAUAAUCAGGUUAAGGAAUUCGCUUACUAUGGUUCUGGUUCAAAGCAAUUCCAUAAUAAUCGCAGAAACACAAAGAAGUAUCCGUACAAUAUUAAAUACAACAGAGAAGAAAAUAAUUUUAAAGAAAAGAGACGGAAUUAUCAAGGAUAUAGUAGAGAAAAUUUUAGUAAAGAGCAUAAAUCUAAAGUAAUAAAGGAGCAAAUGUGUAGAAACGGAGAACAUAACGAGCUUCGAGAAUGUUGUAGAGACGAAAUGGGACUUGAAAUAAAGGAAAUAAAAGAAAAGAAAUAUAAUUACCAAGGGUUUAAUGAAUCAAAAGAAUAUAACAAGGAAAACAAAAAUGAAAUGUUCUUGAAAGAAAAAGAUAGAAAUAAAGGUUCUGUAUUUGUUGAAAACAAUGAAAAAGGAAAUGAACAUUGGAAUAACAAAAGAGAAAGCAGCGAAAGAAAUAGUGUUCAAAAAUGGGGGAAAAAUAAAAAAUCUUAUGUUGAUGACGACGCCAAUCAAAGGGAGAGAUUAGCGGAUCAACUAAGUAGGGGGCAACUAGAAUGUUUAGUAUGUUGUGAAUACAUUAAACAGAAUGAUUAUAUUUGGUCAUGCUCUAAUUGUUACCACGUUCUACAUUUAAAGUGUAUUAAAAAAUGGGCAAAAUCGUCGCAAGUAGAAAAUGGUUGGAGAUGUCCAGCCUGUCAAAAUAUGAGCGAAACGAUUCCUGAAAACUGUUACUGUUUUUGUGGCAAGACAAAAGCACCUGAAUGGAAUCGUAGGGAUGUUGCACAUUCUUGCGGCGAAGUUUGUGGUAGACUACUAUCAAAAAAUUGUACUCACAAAUGCACGCUUCUGUGUCAUCCAGGCUCUUGUCCACCGUGUACAGCAAUGGUAACAAAGUAUUGUGGUUGCGGUAAAACAUUGCAAACAGUCCAGUGCAGCGGCCAUAAAUUAUUGCUCUGUGAUUCUAUAUGUGAUAAACUCUUAAAUUGUGGUAAGCACAAAUGUGAAAGACAAUGCCACCAUGGAGAAUGUGAAAAUUGUAAUAAAACAGUAACGCAAAUAUGUUAUUGCGGUAAAAAUACAAGAGAUGUUACAUGUCAGAGCAAUAUUUUGCUUACAUAUUCUUGCGAGACUACUUGUGGUAAAUUAUUAGAUUGUGGUAAUCAUACUUGUACAAAGUUAUGCCAUGCUGAUGCUUGCGAGUGUUGUUCUUUAACUCCGGAAAAAAUUACAACUUGUUGCUGCGGACAGACGCCAUUAACAGAAAUAAGACAAACUUGCUUAGACCCAGUUCCAGUAUGUGAUAAAGUUUGUUCCAAAAAACUAAAGUGUGGACAACCUAGUAGUCCUCAUAGCUGUAAAGCAAAAUGUCAUCAAGGGGAUUGCCCUAACUGCGACUUAACUACCGAUGUUAAGUGUCGUUGCGGAAAUAUGGACAGAGAAAUAGCUUGUAAAGAUUUAACAUCGAAAGCUGAUGACGCUCGAUGUGAGAAGAAGUGCACAAAAAAACGUUCUUGCGGAAAGCAUAAAUGUAAUCAGUUAUGUUGUAUAGAAAUAGAACAUGUCUGUCCAUUGGUGUGUUCUAAAACCUUAAGUUGCGGUAGACAUAAAUGUGAACAAAGUUGUCAUAAAGGGAGAUGUCAACCUUGUUGGCACAGUAGUUUUGAUGAAUUAUACUGUGAAUGCGGAGCUGCUGUUAUAUAUCCUCCUGUUCCUUGUGGUACGAGAAGACCUACUUGCGAUAGGCCCUGUUCUCGUCAACACUCUUGUGGCCACGAAGUACUACAUAAUUGUCACAGUGAACCAACCUGCCCUCCUUGCACUGUUCUUACUCAGAGAUGGUGUCACGGUAAACACGAACUUCGAAAAGCUGUUCCAUGUUAUGUUACUGAAAUUUCAUGUGGUUUACCAUGUAAUAAACCUAUAUCGUGCGGUCGGCAUAAAUGUAUCAGUACUUGUCAUACGGGCCCAUGUGAAAAACCAGGACAACAAUGUAUUCAACCUUGCACUACUCCAAGGGAAAUGUGCGGACAUGUUUGUGCAGCUCCGUGUCAUGAGGGUAAAUGUCCAGACACUCCGUGUAAGGAGAUGGUAAAGGUGACAUGUCAAUGUGGACAUAGAUCUAUGUCCCGUGUGUGUGCUGAAAAUUCUAAAGAAUAUCAGAGAAUAGCAAGCAGUAUAUUAGCUAGUAAAAUGACUGAUAUGCAGUUGGGUCAUUCUAUUAAUUUGGACCAAGUAUUUGGCCAAGGUGCAAAGAAGCAAAAUCAGUUGAAAACUUUAGAGUGCAACGAUGAAUGUAAAACGAUAGAACGUAAUAGAAAACUGGCGCUAGGUUUGCAAAUAGCGAAUCCAGAUUUAAGCGGAAAAUUAAUGCCUAAAUAUAGUGAUUUCAUGAAACAGUGGGCUAAGAAAAAUCCGCAGUUUUGUCAAAUGGUUCAUGAUAAAUUAACCGAAUUGGUUCAAUUAGCGAAAAUUUCCAAACAGAAGUCUCGUAGUUAUUCUUUUGAUUGUAUGAACAAAGAUAAGCGUCAUUUUGUUCAUGAAUCUUGUGAACAUUUUGGCUGUGAAAGUCAAGCAUAUGAUCAAGAACCAAAAAGAAAUGUUGUAGCUACUGCUGUAAAGGAUAAGUGUUGGUUACCGAGCUAUAGUUUAUUAGAAAUCGUGCAGCGAGAAAAUGGUCAAAGAAAAGUUCCAGGUCCGAUGCUGAAUACCUUAAAAACCGAUGGACCUGUAAAGACAAUAUUAUCACUGCCUACACAGAGGAGCCAAAAAACAGAAAUACAGUCAACCGCGAAGACAGCUGAACCAGAAAUAGAUUACUUUGAUUAUCAUGGUUAAAAUAAUUCUUUAUGUCAUGUACAUACAAGUGUAAGUAACGGAGAUGAUACAAAAAUUUUAAUGCAAUUGAUCGAUUAAACAUUUUAACGAUCAUUGUAAAAUAUGGAUUCUGUCAUGACGUUACGUUGCAAGUUGUGUAAAUGAUACUUAUUACAUUAGUAGCACUGAACUUGUAUAAAAAUUGUAAAAUUACAAAAAUUAAGAUCUAACGAAGAUAGAACAAUUUCAUUUUCAUUCUAUAUUUAAUACCCCCAUUUAUUAAAUAAAAAAUGAAGUAUAUGUACAUAUAUUAUGGAGUAUAUGCAUAUACUCCAUAAAAUUAACAAAAGAAUUUACAAAGCAAUAUUUUGAUGAAUUAUGUAUGUACUUUAGAUUUGAUUUUACAAUAAUUUUAUUAAAUUUUAUCGGAAUAAUACGGGUAUCGUUUAAUAACAAUCCAAUUUUUGUCGAUAAAAAUAGUGUUUUAUUGUGCGCUGUUCCCUCGAACAGUAUUUAUAUAUCAGUUCAAUGAAAAUAAUACCAUUAAAUAUUAUACAUUAAAUCGUAUAUAAAUAUUGGUUUAUAUUAAUAAUUUCAUAAGCCACCCAAGUCAAUUUUUAUAAACAUUUAAUGUAGGUAACACAAGUAUGUAUUUGGCACAUUGAACAUUGAUAAUAUAUUACACUAUAUACUAAAAUCUAAUAUAAGUUUCUAAACAAAUAGCCAAUGAGACCUUUCAUGCUUAUGUAAAGUAUCUGUUGCUUAUUUUGCAAAAUAUUUCACAGUCUACCAAUCACUAAUAAUUUGUUAUUAUUAUAUUAAUAUACAAAACUGACACAUUAUAUUGUUAUUUGUUUCAAGAAUGUAUAUAAUAAGUGAAAGAAACGAGCGAUAAAUAAUUUAAGUAUCUAAUUGAAGAAAAAAUGUAAUAAAUAUGUAGAAAAAGCUAAAUGCAGUGGCAUAUUUUCAAAAUAACAAAUAAUUCGUACAUAUGUAUAUAACAGCAGUCUCUUUUCUCAUAAAGUAGUAUCUUAUUG